AUGCGACAAGAAGGAGGCAUCAUCAUCAUCAUCCUGCCUGUGUCGUCAUCAUCACCAUCAGGGGCGGAAAUCACGGUGGUUGGGCGUGCAAAUGACGCCUCUCUCGCGCGCCUCAAGUCUGGUCACACUCCUCGACGGACUCUUCAAGAUCACCACAGCGACGAUCUCUUCAAGAUCAUCACAGCGACGAACUCUUCAAGAUCACCACAGCGCUCGGACUCUUCAAGAUCAUCACAGCGCUCGGACUCUUCAAGAUCACCACAGCGACGAUCGGACUCUUCAAGAUCACCACAGCGACGAACUCUUCAAGAUCACCACAGCGACGAUCGGACUCUUCAAGAUCACCACAGCCACGGACUCUCAAGAUCACCACAGCGUUCGGACUCUUCAAGAUCACCACAGCGACGAUCGGACUCUUCAAGAUCACCACAGCGACGAUCGGACUCUUCAAGAUCACCACAGCGCUCGGACUCUUCAAGAUCACCACAGCGACGCUCGGACUCUUCAAGAUCCCCACAGCGACGAUCGGACUCUUCAAGAUCACCACAGCGCUCGGACUCUUCAAGAUCACCACAGCGACGGACUCUUCAAGAUCAUCACAGCGCUCGGACUCUUCAAGAUCACCACAGCGACGCUCGGACUCUUCAAGAUCACCACAGCGACGGACUCUUCAAGAUCACCGAGACCAACUCCCAGAUGAUGACGACAACCAGAGGUGAACCUUAA